AUGUCAGAGGAAGAAUCACAACCAGUUCUCUCUGAGAACUUAACAAGAUUAAAGUUUAUGCAAAGAAAACAAGAAGCAGUUUUAAGAGAUAAACUACAAAAAGAAUUGGAACAGUCUAUUCAAGAAUCACAUUGGGUUGCAAAGGGAUCUUUCGAUGGUGUAACUUUGAAUACUGCAAGUGAAAGUGAAGUUAUUGGUUUUAGAGGUGUAGGUCGUAUGUCAUUCGGAAACUUUAACUCGCUACAAUAUAGAUCUGUAGAAUCAAAGAAACAACAAGAACAAAGAGAACAAAUAUUACAACAACAACAACAGCAACAGCAACAACAACAACAAAAAAAAUCAAAUAAUAAUAAUAAUAAUAAUAAUAAUAAUAGUAAUAAUAAAUCAAAUAAGAUUAACAGUAGUAGGAAUAGCAAUAAUAACAAUUUAAAUAAUAGUAUAAAGGUAAAUGAACACGGUAAUAUAGAUGAAUUAAAAGAACAAGUAAAAAUGAAAAAAGAAGAAAUUAAAAAGAGAAUUAUAGAUGAUCUGCUUGUCGAUGAUAACAAUAGUAACAAUCAACCAAUAAAAUCAAUACCAUCGACUACUUCUACUUCCACGAAUAAUGAUAAUCGUAAAAAGAAACAAAAAAGAUAG